UCCACCAGCAUCUCUUGAACCCAUGUCUGUGAGUGCAUCCGAUGCCACUGCUGCUAGAUGGAUUGGCAACCCUUUUGGCAGCUAUAACCUUCGACGUCCUUCUUAUCAGGAUCAGCCAAUAUAUGCGAAUCACAAUGCUGCUGUUCAAGAUAUCACAUCUCAACAUCACUUUAUUUCAACCAGCGUUCAAACCAAUCAUACAGAUCGAGUCUAUGAUAGAUCUUUAGCCCAUACACUGCAUGUCAAAUCCGUUGCAACAUCUCCAACCACCAGCAACACCACUUUGCAUGCAGAGCAAACAGACUCAUCCUUCCAACAGCAUUCUCUCGCUCAUGCCAGCUCCAAAUCUGAUUCAACCAGCAAGCAUCAACCAUCCGACCCUUCUACUUUUGUACCAUCAUUGUCUAGACACUCUAUUGCAUCGCUGUAUUCGCUUAUUAAUCCAGACUCUUUGGACCAGCAGCUGUACCGUUUGCCUAGACCGCAUAUCUAUGGUGUGGCUAAUGCAUCGUUGGCAGAAGACACGUGUGAUUCUAGUAUAUACACUGACAACACCAUGAGUGAUUGUGACGAAGACGAUGUGUCCGUUUUGGAUCAGUGGGUAUUUCCUAACCCUGCUAUUCUUGAUGAAUCUGAGCUGAGCCAGAAGCAUAAGCAAUAUUAAACAAGGAUGCCAAAGUACAUAAUAAACAGCUCAUUUCAU